UAGACGACAAGCUAACAUGCCAUCCUCAAUAUCAACCACUCCUAGCCUAACUAGAGAAUAAUUGUUUAACCUCUGGAAAAAUCGACACAACGCCUAUAUAGCUAAACUAAGACGAAUUCCGAUAUUCCGAGUAAAAGAUAAAGUAUGGGUACAUAACAUGAUAUAUGUGCGUUUAUUGUUAACAAAUGAAUAUCAUAUUUUAUAUUAGGUCAUCCCAUAAGUUCGUGCCGACUUUUGUGUAUACAUUUCAUGUGUCGAUUUAUAAACAUAAGAGAUAAGAGAUAAGAUACCAAUGCACUUAAAAAAUGGGAAGAAGUUGUACAACGAGAGGGGAUUACAUUUUUUCAUAAAAUUGAAAGGUAUGUAAACAAUCUUAACAUAUAUAACCGGAACGAACUUAUGGGAUGGCCUAAUAUUUACUAGUUUAACGUGUGACAAGAAAGGUAAACAGGAAGAUAAUGGGUAUUCCAGGAUUAACUACUUAUAUAAACAAGCAUCGAUUUCAUUUUUUAAAGCAUUACGAAUUACAUGAUACGUAUUUAUUAAUUGAUGGAAAUAAUAUUAAUCAUUUAUUAUAUAAAAAGUGCGCAGGCAAUAAUUGGAUAUUUGGCGGUGAUUACGAUAAUUAUGCGCAAUGUGUAUCAGAUUUCUUUGAUGAUCUAUUAAAGUGUAAUGUAACGCCCUUAGUCUUUAUUGAUGGUGGUGUUGAAAGUAAAAAAUUCAAAACUAUUGUAAAAAGGCUGAAAAGGAAACUAAAUAUAUUACCAACUUCUAUAUUCAAAACUAGAUAUUCAGAACCAAUUUUUCCUUUGCUAAAACAACAUGUUUUUAUUGAUGUGAUGAAAGAAAAAAAUAUUCGAUUUGUGCAGUGUCUACUUGAAGCUGACAAUAUUAUAGCAUCAGUAGCAAAGAUAUUAAAUUGUCCAGUUCUCAGCCAUGAUUCAGAUUUUUAUGUAUAUGGAUCAUUAUAUAUACCAUUUGAUACAUUACAAACUGCAAUUAAAAAUUCACGUGGAAAUGGUUAUGUUAUACCUUGUAAAAUUUAUAAGAUUAAGAAAUUAUUCAAAUAUUUUAGAGGAUUAGACCAAUCAAAGAUAAUAUUAGCUGCAAUAUUAUUAGGCAAUGACUAUGUGGAACCUGGUACAUUUAGAAACUUCUUCCGCUAUUUAAAUUUAAAACAAUCAGAUAUAAACCAAUAUGGCCGACAACACUGUGUAGGUAGAAUUUUUGUAUGGUUGAGUAAAUACAGCUUGCAUGAUGCAAUCAUUGCAAUUUUAAGUAGGUUAACUAUGCCUAUACGACAAAAAAUAUUGGAUUUAAUAGAGACGAGUAUAAAUAGCGAUAAAAAUGGAUAUGUUGAAAUACUUGUAGCUCUAGGUUUCUCAAGAGAUUAUACUACUCGUGUAAAUACCUGUGGCUUCAAUGGAAGGUUUAAAUUUGAUGGAGAUAUCAAUACAUUGACAUACAUAGAAGAAGUUCGCGAAGGAAAUAGUGAAUCAACUGAAGAAGAUAAGGAAGAAGACGAUGAAAAUGAAAUAGCAAAGAUAUUCAAUGAGUCUGAAUUAAUAUCUAACACUGCAACUAUUAGUAAUUUGCCUAUAUGGUUUGUAAAUGAAUUUCGUAUUGGUAAAUAUCCAUCAUAUUUUCUGGAUUUAAUAAUUCAACGUUUAUAUGUAUGCCCCAUACAAGUAGAAGAUUUUCGUUAUCCUUCAAACAUCAUAGUAAGUCUAAAAAUCCUUAGUAUCAUCAUUGGAAUUCUAAAAUUAGUGUUAGACAAUAAUAUAAAUUGUAUAAGAUACUUAAUGAGAACUGAAGAUAGAAAGAUUAUGUGCCAUAAGUUAGGGGCUUUAGAAAUUAUGAAUACUUUUAGUCUACCUUCUUCAUCCAAUCUUAGUGAUGUCUCAUUACUUACUCAAAGAGAGAUUUUAAACCAUACUUUAGGAAUUACAGAUAUGGAUUGUAUAAAUGAACUUCCACCAAAGUGGAUAUUAUAUGUUGGAUGCAUCAAAUAUUGGAUGCAUCAACAAGAAUGUCCUAUAUCUCACAAAUGUUAUUUAUAUUCUAUAUUUAUUUGUAUGUUAUUUGAUAUGAUAGAUUUCAAAAUUGGAAAAUAUAGAAAUAUAAAAACUUUUAACAAAAAAUAUAAGCAAAAAAUUAAAGCCAUAAAGCAGAAAAGAAAAGAAAGUAAUUAUAACCCACGUUGUAUAAUAAAUACAAUUCACGAAGCCUAUAAUGAAAUCGUUCAUGACGACUAUGUACUAGCAGCACCAUUUUUUAUUUCACAUUUUGAAGUAGAUGAAACAUCAUAUAACACAGAAAAGUUUGAUAUACAUAUAGUACAUGUUUUUGGUGGGUUCCAAACUUGUUUGAAACAUACCAUGGAUUUGAAUGCACUUUUGGGAUGUCCUUAUCCACAGAUCAAAGUCGCACAUUUAUAUAAUAGUACUUUAUUGUACAAUCUGUGUAAUAAUUUUAGUACUCACCAUAAUAUCGAAGAAUAUAUAAAUAUUGUUCUGCAAAUGUCUCCAAGCCUCUUAAGAUUUUUUAAUACAUUUUUAUUAAAAGUCAAACCAAUGUUUCCAUGUAUAUUUCAAAAUAAAUAAUAUUGCUCUACAAAUCUCUUAAGGAAGGCAGGAAGACAUUUUAAGGUACCUGAGAGUAUGAGACAGGAAAGUACAAAAACAAAUGCAAUAUAAUACCAUAAUAAAAUUAAAGUACAUAUAACUAAAGAUAUAAAUAUAUAAACUAAAUAUAUAACAGUGGUGCAAGUGCUGGAAUAUUAAAGUAGAAAUAUAAAAGAGCAAAGCCAGUAAUUAUUGGCAUAAAUGAGAUAAGGAUUGAUGGAGAGGUAGAAUAGAUAUUGGUAAAAGAGUGAAAGAAGGGAAUGUGAACUCUAUGGGAUCAAAUAUGGAAGCACAUAACAAGAAACAGAAUUAGAAAGGGAGAUUAGUACAGGAGACAUAGUUCACGAACAAGCAAAAAAUAAGACUGUAGACUGGGUGAGAAAUUUGCAGAAGAUAAAAAAGGAAAGAAUAAAGAAAGAGAGGAGGUUAAGUAGGUAAAUUAGACAAUUAACUCUAGUAGCACUCGUUCUAUAGAGUAAGUAAUGACGAGGGACCAAAAAUGGAUUAUCUAUAAUAAUGUUAAGCGGAAAAGAUCUCGGGGGAAGGUAGAAUGAAUCACCUUUAGCACUAAACUUACAGGGACUUCACAUAUACAUAUUCCUACCGUGACCGGUCUUUAAAACAACUUGUAUUUCUUAAUAUAGAAUGAAGAUAAUAGCCAGUUUGAUAGUAAAAAAUAUAGUUUUAAAAAUUAUUAAAAAAAGUAUUAAAAAUAUUACUAAUUGAAAUAAAAAUUCUUGCCUCGAAAUUCCUUCUCCCGUGAUUUCUUUACUUAAAAUCCAUGCAAUUAUCCCGGUUAUGUCUAGGAUAUUGAAAAAUACUUGUAGAGGCCAUCUUCUAGAUUUGGAUUUUACAGUGAAAUAAAUGCAUAUAAUUUUGCAGUAGAUAGAUCCCAUUUAAUUCCCAACACUCGAAAUUCCAUUUUUUCCUUCCGCUUUCAGUUUUAGAAUUGAGUAUUCGAGAGUCUACUAUUACAAAAUAUAUAAAUCGUUUAACCAGUCAAAUGACCAGUCGUGAUAAGUAAGACGGAUUACAUAUUAUUUUUAGAAAACACACAAUAAGAAAAGAAGUGAAUGUUAAAAAAUUCAUUGUACAUAUAUUAUAAGAAAAGUCGUGAAGCUAAAUGACGGUGCAAUAACGUUGUAUAUAAAAAAUUCUAAACGAAAUUUAAAAACCAAUCAUUUAAGUGGUCACAGUAGGUUUAGUGUUAGCCAUCCCAAAAGCCGGUCUUUAUCUGAAGAAAGCUCUGUGUCUGGUGAAACAGAAAAGGAAUCCUAUAUUAUAAGCUUCUACCAAACAACCAGACGAUAAAUUCGGAAAGGUAUUGUUGGCAAUUAGACGAAUUAAAGACAACAAUUGAACAGAAACGUUCAGAACUAGUGAAUCGGAAGAACGUCGUGUUUCAUCAGAGCAAUGCGAGACCUCAUGUGUAUUUAACUAUUCGACAAAAGCUAUUGAAGCUUGGUUGGGAUGUGCUACCCCACCUACCAGAAAUUGCCAGAACUUUAACUCUUUGGUCGACGUAAAAAAUCAUAUUGAAAAGGUUCUAGGAGGUUCUAGGAGGAUAUAAUAUUUAAGUCACGUGAAAGAUGGAGGACAAUUGUAGAACAAAAUAACACUUACACAAUUGUAUCUGUAUAAUUGAAUAAAUCUAUUUCGAAAUUUAAA